GAACCUCAAGGCUGGAAGAAGCCCCCAAAGUUUUGACCAAAAAUCACCAUGUCACUCAUGAAGAAGAAGACAAGAAAGAAGACAAACCGCGUGACAAAAUGGAAUCUAGGAAAGAAGACAUGGCAGAUGAAGAACCAGCAGAAGUACAAGAUGAAGAUGGAUUUCAAGAACAAGGUUUAAAAAUGAAUAAAGAAUUCCAGCCAGAAGAUGAUCACGGAUUUCCCCAGACACUUAAGAAAAUCAUGAAGCGGACGAGAGAGACAGAUGGGAAGGCUUCAGAAACAUCUGACAAGGACACAUCUGAAGAGGAUGAGGCUGACGAGGAUGAAAUAGAGGGUGAUGAAGACCCCCUUGAUGAACUGUCUGCAUCAGGCAUCCAACAUAGAAAUUCAUCUUCCAAACCCAAGAUGCCUUGUAAAAAUGCCAUGAGAAGACCUCAAAAGCUGGCGGUUUUACAAGCUGCAACCAGUGAGGGCGACUAGAAUAAAAAAGCCUAUUUUAACACUGAUAUGAAAGACAGCAGACAAAAGAGCACAGGAUCCUCAAGAUCACAUACAAAAAGAAUACCCCAAACUGGAAAAGCUGCUCUCAGAUCCACCAUGAGCGUCAACACAAAUCAGGAGUGGAUGUGUGGCCAGACAUACAAGCCUCGUGGGACCAGGGAGAUUGAUCAUCUUCUGCUGGAUAAAACCCCCACGCCAAAGACUCAGAAUUUUCUGCCUCAUACUUGAACCUAGAAAGAACAUGGCUGUCAAAAAACAAAAGAAACAAAGAAGACAUCCAAAGGUCACCUUGACAACUACUUCAAAAGUUGUUCAUAUCAUCUUGUUUGAA